UGGUUUAAAGAUAGGACAGGUGUAAAACAUCCAGAGCAUACAUAAGAUUGAUGAUAAGGGAUGAGGUUUUAAAUACUCCUAUUAGUUGAGUGGGUUGAGUUUAUGCGUGUGUAAAAAUGGCAGCCUCUGUGAGUUUGAGUCUAGUUGGUGCAUUCAAAGGACUCUCUUUAUCUUCUUCCAAUUCUUCUUCUUUGUUCGGUGUGAGUGUGAAUGUGAGUGGGGCUUGUCAACCUCUUCCCAAGUUGUUGAAAUAUCCAUUGACAAUUGAGUCUGCACACAAGAAAGGAGCUGGUAGCACUAAGAAUGGUAGAGAUUCACCUGGACAGCGCCUUGGUGUCAAGAUUUAUGGUGACCAAAUCGCUAAGCCCGGCUCUAUUAUUGUUCGCCAGCGCGGUACUAAGUUCCAUCCAGGAAAGAAUGUUGGACUUGGCAAGGAUCACACGAUAUUUUCUUUGAUUGAUGGACUAGUUAAAUUUGAGAAGUUUGGGCCUGAUAGGAAAAAGAUAAGUGUUUAUCCACGUGAAAUGCAACCUGAAAACCCCAACAGCUACAGAAACCGAAAGAGAGAAUCCUUCAGAUUACAGCGUGAACGUAGAAAGGCACGAAAAGAGGGUGUCAUCCUUCAGCCUCAGUUGGUAGUUGCUUCUGCUGUUGAAUCCUCCGAGGAUAAUCUCACUACCACUUGCUGAUAUAGGUCUUUCGGUUCUUAAACAUUCUAUUGUCAUUUUGGUUGUUUCUAGUAUUCACAUAUGCAGACCACAUGCUAAAUGUGCUUCUUCUGCCAUUGGUGUCUUUUGUUUGUAAAUUGCAUUACUGGAAGCAUGAGUCCAUGUCACAUGUAUAAGGACAGAAUGAAAUGGAUGUUUUGGAUUUGGAAAAAUGCACAAGUUCGUUUUAA